AUGAACUGCGUUGGACACGAGAACAUGCCCCACUUCAUGAGAUUCCUCACCUGGGUCCUCGUAGCUGUCUCUUACACCUCUUCAUUCUUGGUGAGAAAAUUAUCCUCCUACUACAAAAACAGAAACCUGCCGGCUUAUUUGGUCAGCAAAAAGGAGCUUGCUCUCGUGAUUGUGUGUACACUACUGUGUGUGUUUGUCUUGUUCACAAUUGGAAUUCUCUUCUUGCGUACUCUUUUCAAUCUUGCCAGCAACGAAACCACAAUAGAAAGCUGGGAACGCGAAAGAGUGCACUCGCACUUCUACACGGAAAAGUUCUGGACCAAGGUGAGAGCAAACUAUCAGAGAAUUCACAGUAAGCCACUUCCAGAACUGACGUCUUGGAAAACCAAUUACAGAGAACUGAAACGCGACUCGCAGAUUCCUCCAAACUUCUCAUUCGAUGACCUAGUUUUCCCCUACGACACAGGCUCCGCGUUCCGGAAUCUGUGCAUGGCUCUUGGACCAGUGCAUCUCUGGCUUUGGCCAUGGGGGAGACCCAAAGAAAACGGAAUUGAUUUUGAAAAGGUCAAUGAAGACGAAGACCAGCUUAAUCUGCCUUGGCCUCCAGAUGGCUCCAAUUACGACAUCGACUCUUCUGACGAAAUAACCGUCUCUUCAUGGACUAACGAUCUCGGCGAGACUCUCGAUGACUUUGGUGUGGACCUGGCCACAGAACCUUAUGAAGCACCAAAAGAUAUCUGA